ACCACUUGACUGAAGAUAUACAAACAAACAUGGUGGAUUGUUGUGUGUUUUUAUGUUUUUACCGGGUUGUUUGGUUCUUUUAGAGAAGUAUGAGGUUUGCAGCUGUAAUUGCGAUGUAUAGAAUGAGCCACAAGGAAUUUGAUAUAAUAUUAGGCUCUUUAUUUUACAUAUUUUCCUGUAAUUUAUGUCUGCAUAGGUUAUUAGCUUUGUCAACACUUUCGACGGAGUCGAGUGAAUGCUGUGCGAGAUGUGUCCACGCUAGUUGUUAUUGAGGGAACUAGCCAUGAACGUGCCACAGUACGGAGAUGGGUGUUCGCCACAGUUUCAAGAAGCGAUGCUGCAGCAGUACUCGACGAAGCAGGAGUCUCACGGCGAGAUCGCUACGUCUCACGGGCUGGUCGUGGUAGGCAAUGACGGGGUGCGCUACCACUGCACCGCUGCCCAGAACCACCUCUUCAAGCCGGCCGGCGCCAACACGUCUGUGGCGAACAGCAGUGUGUGCCAGCAGAAUGCGUACGUGACGGUGAGCCACGCGGACGCCAUGCCGGUGGUGAGCAGCUCCGGGGACGCGCACAUGUCCCAGUGCUUCGCCCUGGCCACCGGCCCCCCGCGCAAGGCGGACGCCUCCACCAUGACGGAGAAGGAGGGCGAGCAGGUGCUGAGCAGCUGCGGCCACCAGCAGACGUACUCGGUGCAGACCAUGGUGCCCACGCCAGCGGGCUGGCAGAGUCUGGCCGGGCCCCCGGGCUCCACCGUGGCCGAGUACCUGUCGCGCCUGCCGGCCUCCACGCUGCCCAUCACGCUGCACCACUUCCUCAAGUUCUCGGCCAGCGCGGAGAACGUGGCGCCCGCCAUCAAGAAGGAAGAGGGCUCCGCCAAGAAGCCCAAGAAGAAGCGCAAGUACAAGAAGAAGCCCUACAUCCCGCGCCCGCCGCGGCCGCGGCCCGGGGAGAUCCGGCUGACCACGGCGCUGGACGGCUCCACGCUGUACUGCUGCCCCGAGUGCCACAUGGCCUACCCCGAGAAGGAGCUCUUGGAGCAGCACCUGGUGGUGCACAAGCUGGAGAGGAGGUUCGUGUGCGACGUGUGCGGGGCGGCCUUGAAGCGCAAGGAGCACCUGGACCGCCACAAGCAGGGCCACAACCCCGACCGCCCCUACGUCUGCUCCGUGUGCCUCAAGGCCUUCAAGCGCAACGAGCACCUGUCCCGCCACGUCAUCAUCCACUCGGGCGACAAGAGCCAGGUGUGCCCCGAGUGCGGCAAGGGCUUCUACCGCAAGGACCACCUGCGCAAGCACGCGCAGUCGCACAUCGCCAAGCGACUCCGCGCGGAGCUGGUGGCCCAGAAGGGCGGGGGCGGCGGCCUGUCACAGAGCAUCGUGUCCUUGGAGUCGGUGGUGGCCAUGGGGCCCGGCGCGCCCCCCGGCGUGACGGCCAUCGCGCUCAUGCCGGGCGGCGCCACGCUGCCCAUCCUGUCGUGAGAUCCACGCAGUAGCUGUUGAUUGCCGUGAUGUUGGCAGCAACUGAGUGCACAGUGGUCGCACGGCGGUGGAGUGCGUGUCGCCCAGCUCGGCACCACGUGGCACGGCGCGGUCCUGUGCCGUGCCAGAGACACACACUUGAACAGAAUCUCUUCUCAGUUUGGCCAGAACAAUGGCAGAAUGCAAUGUAAAAAUUGUGUUUUUGUUAGUGGUACUUGAAAAAGAAUUCUCUGUUUAAAUUACCAAUUUGUAUCAUUAAUGUAACAGUCAGAGCAAAUUUUGAAACCUAAUUAUUUAAAACUGUUGCUAAAUCACACUGAAAAUGCUAUUUAUGUAUGGUCAAGUCUUUGUAGUGGAUGCAACAACUUGCAAAAAAAAAUUUGGACAGUCACAUAUUGUACAUUUUAUGCUCAUUUGCAUCUAACUUUAGUUUCUGAAUUAUUUUAGAAUCAACAUACAGUACCUGGUAGGUCUGAGCUGUUCGUUAAAUAAAAAUACUGGUGGUUUUAUAGGCUAAAGUUUAACAGUUAGAUUUCAUUGUUAUCUUUAUUUUGGAAUGAAAGUGCAAUCUAAAGUUAAAUGAAAGACUGAGACAGUAAAUGGAAAAUGAAAAUGCACAAUCUGGUACUUUAAACUUUUUGUUCUUUUUUUUUUUUUAUAUUUUUACCAUUUAUAAAUGAUAUUUAUAUUGUGACUGAAUGUUGGGACUGUGAAUUAAUUUAAAGUAUGAAUGAAAACUUCCCUGUGUAAGAAUUGUUAUAAACUUACAUGCAACCCACAGAACUAAGUUUUCACCAUCAUAUUACAUUGUGCAUAGUUGAAUUUGUGUUCCAAUAUAUUUAAACUAUGGUUAAAAAGUAAUAUACAUAAUAUAGUUUUCGCAGUCAUGCCACUUGAUGAAAUAAGCUUUCCAGUGGCAGAUAUGUUAAGCUGUAAAUAGUUUUGCUGUGCCAUGAAUAAUUUGAUACAAAGAAAUUUUUUGCCAUAGUCAUUUGUUGUUAAUACUUAAAAGCACUGUUGUGUAAAGAAUUGAGUCAGUGGUUGCCGCCCGGCCCGGUUGACCGAGCGCAGUGGCUGCACUGCAGGACGCGACAGUUGGUAGCUGUGGUCGCAGCUGCGGCCGGUCGAGUGAUUGCUGUUGGCCCUCGGGGGUCGCUAGAGAGUGGACGAAUGGUUGCCAGUUGUACGUAUGGGGUCUGAAGUCUGCACUCGGAUGCCUUCUUCAUGGCAGAUGUGCCUGAGAGAACUGAAGAAGUAGGUUGUGUUUGCAAACACCUCGUGCUGUUCGGUGGGUUGCAAGACCAGACGCCAGUUGCACGGCACUGAGCCACUCCAGCGACGCCACGCUAUCCUGAACGUGUUACGAUCCGGGCUGUUUCUCAUUUACGCUAAACAUGUUUCGUAAGUCAUGCAGAAUCUGUCCGCAAACAAAUCAUGGGUGGCUAAAAAGAUGGCCUAAAGUCGUGUAGUUGCAGAAAUCAACAGGGAAAUGAAGUAUUCAAACUGAAUUGUUAAGUAAAUGGCAAUACAGAAUACAGAAACUUUUAAGCAUGCAAUCAAGACUCAUCCAAAACAUGAAAAUUGCUAUUGAUUCGAGCUGUGUAAACGAUUGAUUCCUGUGCACAUUUUUUUUUCUAUCAAUAAAAUGUCAAAAAUGGCUAUUUGAGCAUAUUCAUUAAGACUGGUUUAGCUGUGCCGUGCAACCGUGCUCUAAGUGAGAAGACUUCAGGUUAUUUAACCAAGCAUUGCCUGGUUCAACUGGCUGCCUCUGUACAUUGGAUCAUGGCUAUAACGCUAUAACGAAGCUUCAGUGAUUGAAAGAGUGUAGUGACACUACAGGAACAAAUUCUGCUGUAGCGACAGCUGACUUGUAACAAAGUGUCACUGUCAUCACGUGUGUGGUGCAGGUGCGUGGGAGCACGAGAAACAUGUGUCGUGUGUCGUGUCUGCGGCUGAACUAGGUGUUAGUCAUCUGACCAAAAUACUUGCAAGAUGUUCAGAAUCAAAAUUUGGUUUUAUUUUGUUGGCUCUUAAGUAUCCAUAAGAUGAAAAUAAGGCUUUUACUCCGUGUGCAUCUAAAACAACAUGUUCAACACUAUCGUUUGGGGCAGCUGCUUCCAGGAGCGAUUACUUCGAUAUCGUGUGCUUGGUACAACAUUUGAGUUGCAAAACAAGUUGAUAAGAUUUCCACAAUGGUUAUAAGAAUUGUAUCAUAAAUGUAUGUAUGUAAAUACUUUGCAGAGAGUAGGUCGUUUAAAUUGUAUAAUUGCUUUUGUAAAUUUUUUUAGUACCUGUUAUGAAUAUUUUUAUAUGCAUUUACUAUGAAUAUUGAGUUUUAGAUGAAAUUCUAGAUUGUGUGAAUUGUCUAAAUACGUGUAUAAUAAUUUGUUAUGUUUCAAAGAUUGUAUAUAAUUAUUUAAAUAGUGUUUUUCACUUAGUGAAUCAAAGGUUUAAAUAAUGUGUUGAAUGUUGGCCACAAUGGAUGAUAAAGAUGCAUAAUCUUAAUAUUUAAGAUAUUUGUGCUACUUAUGGGCAUUUUAUGUAUUGCGAUGGAAACUGUAAUGUAUUUUAAUAUCCUUUGCCAUGUGUAUUAUAACAGCAAUAUGUAGGCAACAGUUUUGAAGCAUACCUACUAAACAUGUGGUUUAUUUAAAGUAAUGGGUAUACUGUAAAUAAAACUGUUUCUCCACUAAGAAAACAAUCAAGUGUUCUAUUUUUUAUUUGCUUCGCAUCACCACCAUGUGCUGUAAGUCACCAAGCUCAGGAGCUUUCCCACAAGGAAGAGCGAGUAAGACAACAUGUGGGACAUUGCUGGUGAUCCGCUGUGUUUGGCCAAGCAAUCAACUGAUUGGUGGUCACUGCACUCCCGCUUUCUUUGAAGCGAUGCUCUCGAUCUGUGGCAGUAAUACCGGCACAAUUAGCCUCGGGGCCUUUGUGGCUCUGUCGAGUAGUAAAUGCUUCAGCGUAGAAUCGUAUACUGUGUCAUUUUCCGUGCUGUGGUUUGUAAACUAUAAGACUAAUGUUUAGAUUUUUUUUCUACUAUUAAAUUCUACAAUUCAAUGAGACAUUAGCAAUUUCUUUAACUUAGUAUUCUGUGCAUAUGCACUUACGGUAUGUUUCUAAUGUAUUGAUCACCAAGAUUUCUUUGCGUGUUUUUGAAGUUACUGUAAGGGUGUGAGCUUCCAACAUCCUAUGUAAUGUACUGAAAUGUUCUUUCUUUCAGUUUCACGUAACUGAAGUUGUGACACCACCAUUGUUAAACUGGCCUGAAAGGGGAAUAGUGCAGAAGGUUGCUGGGUGGGAAUAGUUGGUGAGGGCUGUUAUGUCCGUGAUCUUCGCACUAGUUGCGUGCCUAUUAGGUUUCUCGGGAGGUAGUCUACACCAACAGGUACCUCCUCUCUUCUAGGACCUCGCUACGAGCUCCGAACACACUGCAUACCGAGAGAAGGCUCGUGGGACCUUGAAGACUCUCCUCCUUAGUUGCUUCAUGAGUUUCUCUACUCUCGGUAACUGCCACUGGCUUUCUACCCAACUAUCUCCUCUUUGAAUCCCACUCACACCUGCCACGCCAAGCGACGUGUAAGUGGUCGCUAACACAAUGCGCGGUUAACGCUCAAAUACAUUCUUACGCAACAACUGCGCUACAUCGUUGCCUCACAGAGUUGAAGCGAAACAAUUUAUCUAAAAUUAUAUCCCCUUACAUAUUAUACCUCUUUUGGCAUGUUGAGAGUGAAAUUUUAGUACUACAUGUAGAAUAAACAUGGAAUUGGUUCACUGUCCUCAAAUGCUUCUCUAGGGUAAAUAUUGUUAACUUGUUGAGCACCAAAGCCUGCUUUUCUGAAGCAAUUGCUAAUGAUGAUUGAGUCAAGCAUUUCCCAUGAAGCAGCAAGAAAAUACAUGGUGUCCAGGAUGUUAAUUUUAUAACUACUAGUUUUGGUACUUUUCAGUCUUGCUGUUUCAGAAUUUUUUAAAUUCCUGGUCCAUGGGUUGUAACUUGGAUGUUGAAUUUGGUGGGAAAAAUUCAAUCUGGAUAUUUCCUUGGCAGGGCAGUGAUCCAUGAAAAGCAAAAUGUUACAAUUUUUGCACCCCAUCUUUGCAUCCAAUGCUCUCACAUAGUCUUCAAAAAUGCUGCCUGUCAUCCACGCAGACUUGUUGUUUGCAUACUUGCACUGUAAUGUCUUUAUGUUGUUAAAAA